AUGGCAGAUCCCAAGAUUCAGGAGCUGCUGAACAAGCCGCGCAACGAGCUCACGUAUGCAUCCAUCCUUCUGUUCAAAUAUAGUGAAUACGAAAUCGCAGAGCUCGAAGAGCACGAAUUCACCUCGGGCCCCCUUUCGAUCCUCCAGACCGCCGUCAAGUCGCACACCCAGGUCCUCAUCUCUAUCCGCAACAACCGCAAGCUCCUUGCCCGCGUCAAGGCGUUCGACAGACAUUGCAACAUGGUUUUGGAGAAUGUAAAGGAGAUGUGGGACGAGACGCCACGAUUAGCAGAUGGAAAGAAGGGACGACCUGUGAACAAGGAUCGAUUCAUUAGCAAGAUGUGA